UCCGAAUUCAUUCAUGGUGAUCAUUGACGGCCUCGACGAGCGCUUUACGCCGCAAAACGCUCACGUUCGUCGCAAAAAAUUUUGUGUGAACGCGCCAAAAUCUGCGGGUAGGAGCGCGACAAUCAUGACGUAGAAUGUCAACCGCCGUACCUGUUUGAAACAGGUCCGAGACGAGCCAGUCCGGUCAAAUAGAAUACAAAUGUUUACGCCAAAAAGUGUGACCUAGUGAUCCUGCCGAGGAGAAGGAGAGGAAGAUAUAGAGGAUAAAGAGACUCGAAAUUCCUCUGCAAAAGGAAGGAGAGAAAGGGCACGAUGCGGGGGCACAGGAAGAGGGCAGCAUGCCCCGAAGUUUUUUAUUCUACGUUAUAGGGGAUCGGUGACCUCCUCGGCGUGGGACGUCUCGAUCGGCAGAAGGGUCUUUAGAGAUCGUCAUCACAAGCAGCACUGCCAGAGCUUUUCGUGAUGGCGGACGAUAAGGAGACACAGACCAUUUUACAAAAACUGCUGUUUUACACGACUGCGUUCUUCAUCCUCCUCGGCACCUUCAGCCUCUUCGCCUUCCUCUUCUUGGUCCCCUUCGUCAUCGACCCCGCUUUCACAACGAUCUUCAUGGAAUUUGAUACACGACCGGCAAAAUGUGUCACUAUCGACGUCGAGUCUCGAAAAGGUGACGAAUCAACCACCAAUUCAUGUUGUCCAGUGGGAAAUGUACGAUUGGCCCAAUAUUGGGCCAACACACUGUACGGCGAAACGAGAUAAGUGAAAUCUUACCUAUUG